CACCACACAGAGGAUUACAGCAGAGUAUUGAAACAGUUGUGCAUAUUUCAAAUGGAAACCUGCAUUCACCAUGUAGCUUGUCUGUGCACGUAUUGGAGUGGAGAGUUUGACAGGCGCACGGCCUGUAAAUACGGACGCUCUACUGCGACACUGCUAUCCCGUCACCUCAGUUCCAUACAACUAUGGCACAGAUACGCAUCAGUAUGAAACGACGCCGAAAGAUGUCCAACGUGAUGACCAUGUUUGACCCGACUCAGAUCCGGGAAUUUAAGGAAGCGUUCAACAUGAUAGACCAGAACGGAGACGGGUUUAUAGACAAGGAUGACCUGAACAGGAUGCUGACUUCCCUCGGGAAGACGACAACUGACGCCGAUUUGGACGCCAUGAUGAAGGAGGCACCAGGACCCAUAAACUUCACCAUGUUCCUCUCAAUGUUUGGACAGAAGCUGGAAGGUACAGAUCCUGAAGACGUCAUCGUGAACGCCUUCCACUGCCUUGAUGGCAGACGUAGAGGCUAUCUCCCGGAAGAUGAACUGCGCAGUGAUUUGACAACAAUGGGGGAAAGAUGGACGGAUGAGAUGGUGGAUGACCUGUUCUUGGAUGCACCCAUUACCAACGGCAAGUUCAACUACAGCGAGUUCACCAGGGUGCUGAAACAUGGCACCAGGGAUGAGGAUAAGGUAGAGGAGAGGGGGCCGGAGAGGACGGAGGAAGAACCCAACACGACACCUCGAGGCUGCUCUGCCUGACAGAAGUGCUCUGUGUAAUGUGAAUCUCUGUAUCGUGCCAAGUAUAGCGAUGUUACAAGACAUUACAUAGCUAUGGCGUCAUAAAGGUAUUUCGCUCGUUCUAACUAUGACGUCAUAAAGGUAUUUCGCCUAUCGUACUGAUUCGGAAAGCAUGUUGACCCUUGGCCAGAAUGUAUUCUGUGCAGGAUAAACGUAAUUGGUGUUUGGCAUAUAUGUUCAAACACAGAUACAAUGUGAUUUCACAUAGAAUCCAGACAUGUGUAGAUUAAUGUUUAGGCCUCAUAGAAUUCCCUCGAAUUAAGUGUACACGGAUAGUUGCUUAUAUUGUUGUUUAUGUAAUUGAAAAUUGAAAGAAGUGUUUAUGUCCAUUUAACCAUCACUCAUUCCGGUAUAGUUUUGCAAAACAUAAUCAGUGGCUGGGUAAAACUAGAUUGGAUCAGUGAAGAAGGGGUAAGAAAUUAACUAAACGAUCCAAUGACCCCACCAUGAAAUGGAACUUUGUGGCGAAAAAAGCAAAUGUAUUGAUUUUCACACAUAAGAUGUCUAAGAUCACAUCAUCAGUGUAUAAUGCUAACAUUCUUUUCUAAAUUUUUAAAAAAUUUAAAUUUAUUUAUCUUUAUUAAAAUAUAACCAUUCGGAAAUAUUCCUUGAGUGCUGACUGAACGCAAGUACAUUGAUUUUUUUUAUAAUAUUGCUAACUUAAGAUAUUUUCAAAUGAAUAACAAACAUCAACUGAGAGGAGGUUUCAUUUGCUUCUUAGUAUAGAAAUAAUUCUUCAGAAUAGUAGAAAAUGAUAUGCACAUUGUCCUUUGACAACAAAUGAAAAUUCAUGAAGAUUAAAACACUCUUCAUUAGUAUUUAUAUGCUUGUUGCUUGUCGUUUGCAGAAUAAACUUUCAUUUGAUUUGU